AUGUUUCUGAUGAAAGGUGAAACUGAUGAAGAGGUGAAACAGUACUUGGACAAUUUAGGAACUGAGUACAGGUUUGGAUGUUUGAGCGAAAAGAAACCGGAAGUAUGUCACCUUCUGGGAGAUUUCAUGAAAAGCAUAAAAAAAGAUUUCAACAAAGCAGCUUCAUUGUACAGAUCUACAUGUGAUGACUACCAAUUCAGCCGCAGCUGCCAUAAAUUUGCUUCUUAUGCUUUAACUGGUAAAGGUGGUCCUGCAGACCCAUCAAAAGCAUUUGAUUACUUUAAGAAAGGGUGCAAUUUUGGAGAUGCAGAUUCUUGUCUGUAUGCUGGCCUUAUGUGUACAGCCAACAAUGAAAAAAUUAAAGUUAAACUAGAUUACCCACAAGGAAUGGGAUUUCUGAACCAGUCGUGUGAGAAGGGGAACCACAAUGGCUGCUACUAUCUUAGUGGCAUGUAUUUGACUGGUGUACCUGAAGUUUUAGAAAAAAACAUGACCUCUGCCUUCAAUUACAGCAUAAAGGCUUGUGAUCUUGGUAAUAUAUAUGCUUGUGCCAAUGUUAGCAGAAUGUACACUAAAGGUGAUGGAGUAGAGCCGAAUGCCGAAAUUGCAUUACAAUUUAAGAAAAAGGUUUUUGAAAUGGAAAAAGAGCUGAGAGGUCAGUUUAAACCUAUUGAAAUGGAAAGAGGAGCCUAA